GCUAUAUAAACCCAGCAAGCCAUGAUUGUUUCAUCAACCAGCUCUCUCAUCAUACUUUCUUAACCAAGAAAACAAUUCUCUCAUUGAACAACUACUUCUCUCAACAUCAUCAAUGGCAGCAGCAACAAAGUAUGCAGUUGUGACUGGAUCAAACAAAGGGAUUGGAUUUGAGACAGUGAAGCAAUUGGCUUCCAAUGGCAUCACAGUGGUAUUAGCAGCAAGAGAUGAAAAGAGAGGUCUUGAAGCUGUUCGAAACCUCAAUGAGCUUGGUCUCUCUGGCCAAGUAGUUUUUCAUCAGCUUGAUGUAGCUGACUCUGCUAGCAUUGCUUCCUUCACGGAUUUUGUCAAAACCCAGUUCGGAAAACUCGACAUCUUAGUCAACAAUGCUGGAAUGCUUGGCGUUACAAUUGACAUCGAAGCCAUUAGAGCUUCAGGUGGAAAGAUAGAACCGAGUCGCGCAAUGAUUCAAACUUAUGAAUUAACUGAAUCAUGCCUCAAAACAAAUUACUACGGACCCAAAACAAUGAUCGAAUCGCUCGCUCCUCUUCUUCAAUUAUCCGAUUCACCGACAAUUGUUAAUGUCUCCUCCUACUAUGGCAAGUCAGAGUAUAUAACAAAUGAAUGGGCUAAAGAAGUUUUGGGUGAUGGCGAUAAACUCACCGAAGAACGAUUAGAAGAGGUAUUGAGCGAGUUUCGGAAAGAUUUCAAAGACGGUACACUUGAAAGCAAAGGUUGGCCUACAUUUACAGCUGCAUAUAAGAUGUCAAAAGCAGCUCUCAUUGCCUACACAAGGAUUGCAGCCAACAAGUAUCCGAGUUUCUGCGUCAACAGUGUUUGUCCUGGCUUUGUUAAAACAGAUUUUAACCGUAACAAAGGCACCUUGACAGUGGAAGAAGGAGCUGAAAGUCUUCUGAAGUUGGCAUUGCUGCCCAAAGGAGGUCCUUCUGGUCUCUUCUUCAUGCGAGAUCAAGUUUCAAUCUUCUGAUGGAUCAUAUGCUUAAUUCGUUUAUUUAAACCUACAUGCACAUAGUCAUUUGAAAAUUUGUGGUUUCUUUUUCUUUUUCUUUUUUGAUUUGGGUACGAUGAGCACAAUAAGAUGUCACAUUGCUAUUGUGAUUAUGGAUCAAUGCGCAAUUGAUCUCAAAAAUGUUUGUCAAACUAGCCAGUGAUCCCUUCAUUGUUGACAUAUUCUAUGAAGUUUGUUUUUUUGGGUAAUAAGACCUUAGUA